AAAAGAAAACCUCAAAUAACAGAAGUCUUGUAUCAUCUCAUAUUUUUCCAUCUGCAUGUAUUUGCUGAACAAAAUUCCAAAUUUGCUUUGUAAUUUAUAAAAUUUCUGCGACCAUAUUAUAUCGUUUAGGACAUUCACAGGACUGUGAGUUCGAGACAAAUUUCAGUAUUUGUUGAUUGGGAGACAAUCAAGGUGGUUCUCGAUCUUACGAAAUUCGUUCCAGCUUUGAUUAUUAGUCCAGAAAGCGAUGUAUCGCAAUGUCAAUGGUGUCUUCAGAGAUUGAGGCAAUCAUCGACACGACCAAAGUGCACCAUCCGAAGCAAGAUCGUUCUUCCGGCACAUCUGGCCAAUCCCAGCAGCAGCCGAUUACGCUAAUUCUGCCGACUAGUGGAAAGUUAUUCUUCGAGAAGAAGCGGGAUUUUGAGCUCUGUAAACCUCAGCUUCUACCGCUGAAAUCAUUCAGCUUGGAGAAGCUGGAAAAGAUGCAAAAAGAGGCUCACCGACAGCUACAGGAAACCCGUGCCAGAACCGCCGCAACAGUCGAGAAAUUUUAA